CGACCUGACGUACUGCCUGAGGAGGGGGAAAUAGGGGGAAAAAAUACCAAACAACAGACUUAUACACUGGUAAUCAUGCCGGAAUGGAAUCACAGCGACGGCGUAUGGGUGGGCUGAAAUUCAGACGUCACACCAAAGGACGAACUGGAACAGGGCAUUCAUUGGCUUGGGCAGGACAGUGCGGACGAGUUUUGGCGCUGUUAUUCACCAACUGCUUCUGGGUACCGGAGAGCUCUCCUGAGCGUAUUUUCAUACAGCGGGAUCACGGUGGGAUUUGGAAACUGGAGUUUCCAUUAUUAUCAUUAUUCUUUUCUUGUUUCUGCUUCUACUUCUGCAAGGCGAAAGGACACGAAAUAAUUGGGGGGAGCUGGGCUUUUGGGUUGUCUUGUUUUGUCAGUCAGCGGGGAUUGGAAACGGCAGGGUUCCUUUUGGUAUGGAGUCCUGGAGUCCGUCCUGUGGCAUACAGGCAUCGGUUGUAUAUACCUAUUCACGGGAGCAUCAUAACUUGUGGACUUUCCAGAACACAGCCAAGUCAUAUUAUCAGUCUCCACAUCGUUCAUGCUUCAUACGAGAUAUGUAUCUGGGCCCAGUAUAUUCCUCCCUCCCUCCCCCGAGGGCUUUCUUUCUUCUUUCUGCCUUCUUUCUUUCUUGGUCGCACAAAUGCUCCUACGAGCAGCGAAUAGCCUUGGUUCGUUCACGUCGUGUUGGUCUUCUAACUAACUACCUACCUUACGUUCAAGUUGUCGACAAUUCGACGACUCCUCGGACAAAUCCAGGGGUAAACUAGAGACCCUUAGG